AUGAACCUCCUUGACCUCCUCGACUAUCUGUACCGCGGCGCCUACGUCGAAUGGACGACCCUCAUUCACCACCUCAGCAACGCCGACAUUAAAUCCUUGCGUCUGAUCCACCGCGCCGCAUCCCCGGAUCUCUUUAACUUCCUCUUCACCCGCAUUUAUGUCUCUGCGCACACUGCCGACCUCGGCGUCUUCCGCCGCAUCGCCUGCCAUCCUACGGCGCGCCACCACGUCCAAGAGCUAAUGUGGGACGAUUGCACCUUCGAUAGCUGGAUCGGCGGCCAGCAGACCUACACGGACCGCCUGCUCGCCACCACCACCGUGCCCCGCCACGUGCUGAAGCACGAGCAGGACGCUAUCGACGAGGCCUACCGCUUCUGGGCCGCCGAGGCCACCUCCUUCGCCGAGAAUCGAAUCGAGGGCGUGGAUCAGCAGGUGUUCAACGACCACGUGCUCAGCUUCCCAAACCUCCGCAGCGUCGUCGUGCUAAGUCGGUCGCGCCUCACCUACGUCGACCCCGAAGCCUACUGGCGGCUGUGGCAGACGCCGCGAACGCGGAUCUGGAGCUCGAAACCUUUUGCGCGGUACCUGUUGCAGCCGGAGUCGUUCAAGCCCAGCACGGGCACGACGGGGAGCCAGUCGGAAGGUAUACGGCCGAUGCGCAUCAUCCGGGCCAAGGCGAGGAAUGAUUCGAGCUUCAGGGUCGGGCACUUAAGCAUCAAUUCUAUCGGUGGGGGACAGAGUCGCGCGUCGGGCAGCGCCAUGAUCAAUGCCAAUCGCUUCGACAGGAAAUUUCACAUUGAUCUGCAGCAAUUGACGUCUACAUGUCCGGAGACGAGUCGGGGCAAGAUAGCCUUGCAGCUCUUCCUCGAGACUCAAACCGAGGACAUGUUUCGCUCAGCCGGAGUGUUGGAGGACAAUCUCGAUCUAUUGAUGAUGGACACAGCCUCCUCAUUGGAAAGCAUCACAGUCGCCAACAUCUGCCUCGACUGGUUUCUGGACUAUAGCACGAUUGUAAACACCCAAUUUCCCUAUCUCCGCACGCUGAAACGUGUCGCAAUCGAGGGAGGCUCUUCUGACGACCCGCUUCAAUUACUGUACUUCCUGGCUCGUCACACCAACGUGCGCGAGGUCGUCUUCGAUCAAGUCCACCUGGAAACCAUGUCCUGGAUCGACGUCCUACAACAGUUAAAGCAGGAACGCAUAGCUUUCGACGUUUUCGAGCUCAAGAUAAGCCGGGCCAAGACGCAGAUGCUCCCGCAACCGGUGGAGACCUGGACACGCCCACGCACAGGGUUUAGCGACCAGAUCGUCUCUUGGCUCAAAGGCGAAAGCGAGGACUUUCCCUUGCUGUAUGAAUGA